AUGGCGACAGAGCACCCAGUGAAAGCCUUUGGAUGGGCUGCUAGAGACCCUUCUGGCCAUCUCUCCCCGUUCAACUUCUCAAGAAGGGCCACUGGUGAGAAGGAUGUGCAAUUUAAGGUGUUGUAUUGUGGGAUUUGUCAUUCAGAUCUUGCCAUGAUUAAGAACGAAUGGGGGUCGACUCCUUAUCCGAUCGUGCCAGGCCAUGAAUUUGUGGGAGUGGUAACUGAAGUUGGGAGCAAGGUGACCAAAGUGAAGGUGGGUGACAAAGUGGGUGUUGGUUGCUUAGUAGAGUCAUGUCGCAGCUGCGAGAUGUGUACCGAAGAUCUUGAAAACUACUGCCCAAAAAUGGUGUUGACAUACGGCAACAAACACCCAGAUGGGAGCAUCACUUAUGGAGGCUACUCUGAUAUAAUGGUUGCCGAUGAGCAUUUCGUGCUUAGCUGGCCGGAGAAGCUGCCACUUGAUGCUGGUGCUCCUCUCUUAUGUGCUGGGAUUACUACUUACAGCCCAUUGAGACAUUUUGGAUUGGAUAAACCUGGAACCCAUGUUGGUGUUGUUGGCCUUGGUGGGCUCGGUCAUGUGGCUGUCAAAUUUGCUAAGGCAUUUGGGGCUAAAGUGACGGUGAUCAGUACUUCUGAGAGUAAAAAGAAGGAAGCCAUUGAAAAGCUCGGUGCAGAUGCUUUCUUGGUCAGCAGAGAUCCCGAGCAGAUGCAGGCUGCAGCUGGUACAAUGGAUGGGAUUAUUGAUACAGUUUCUGCAGUGCACGCUAUUAUGCCUUUGAUCAAUUUAAUCAAGUCCCAAGGGAAGCUUAUAUGUGUUGGUGCCCCUGAUAAACCUGUUGAGCUGCACACGGUUGCUCUUCUGACGGGAAGGAAAACAGUAUCUGGAAGCUGUAUCGGAGGCCUGAAGGAAACUCAGGAGAUGUUAGAUUUUGCGGCAGAGCACAACAUAGCGGCAGAUAUUGAGCUCAUCCAGAUGGACUAUGUCAACACUGCAAUGGAACGCCUGGCGAAAGCAGAUGUCAGAUAUCGUUUUGUGAUCGAUGUUGGCAAUACAUUAUCAAAAUCCGCUUGA